AGUCCUACUAUCUAUCCAUCUAUCCUUACAUGAGCCCACUCAUCUCUUUGAGCCGUGUGAUUGUAGUUUUGAACCUGUGAAGAUGUAAGGUCAGCAGAAGGAACAGAAGAAUAACCCGAAAAUGCAGAAUCUCCUCUGGAAAUCUACAGCGUGCGUGUUUCCAGUCCAGGAAUAUAUCUGAAAAUGAUUGAAUUUUCAUGAAGACUCAAGUUUACCAGGACAUCCCAAGUUGUUGGUCACUCUGUUUUCUUUCUGGUUCCAAGAAAGGAAGGAUGAGAGAGACAAGUGGAUAAUGGGAGUAACAGAAAUGAGAUUAAGAGCUCUGGAGAGAGGGGUGUAGGAUGAUGGCGAGACUCCAUUGUGACUUCUUGCGCACAGAAGUGACCUUUGACACUGGAGACAAAAGCUUUGCAGACUGUUCUGUAUGCUGGAAUAUCCUGCUCAGCUGACAUCAAAUCAUACAGCUGGAUAUUUCUAUUCUUCAUUGCUUUAAUUCAAAUUUCCAGAUCAACAUGCCAUUUUGAGCAUCAACAACAUGACAUAUUUGCAGCUGUCACUGGACUGAUUCAGAGCCAAGCAGCUGCAGGGAUGAGCCGCUGGAGUUGGGGAAACGGCGGGAAUGCCAUUAAAUCGGACAGAAGUGGGCCACACAGAAGGAGACUGAUGAUGCUUAUGUGGAUUAUCCUCUCACUAUGCCUGAUGGUGGAUGGGCAGAUGAAGAUCCCACCAGAAACUGUGCAGCAGUGGGCUGUGUCCUUUGGAAAAGAGUUAACUGCUUUGUCUGCCAGAUACUCUGGAGCUAAGCUUCUGCAGAAGAAAUUUAAAGACAUUGAGGGCGUGGUGAAGAUCGAGGAGGUGAACGGUGAAGAGCUGGUGAAGAAGUUUGCUGAGGAAAUGGAGGGGAUGCUUGGGAGGAAGAUGAAAUCUGUGAAGAGGUUAGCAGAAGCAGCAGAGGACGCCGAUUUACAUCACGAGUACAAUGAAACACUAGAGUUUGACUACUUUAACUCCCUGUUGAUCAACUCUGUGGAUGAGGAUGGAAAUCCAAUACCACUUGGUGGAGAAUUCCCCUUGGAAGAAAAUGAGCAUUUCAAUAAACUGCCAGUCAACACACAGCACAGUAACAUACAAGUUCCUACAAAUGUCUACAAUCGAGAUCCAGACAUUCUGAAUGGAGUCUACAUGUCUGAGGCUUUGAAUGACAUUUUCGUUGAUAACUUCCAGAAAGAUGCAACUCUCACCUGGCAGUACUUUGGCAGUGCUACAGGCUUCUUCAGGCUCUAUCCAGGUAUCCAGUGGACUCCAGAUGAAAACGGUGUGGUCACCUUUGACUGUAGAAACAGAAACUGGUAUAUCCAAGCAGCUACUUCUCCUAAAGAUGUGAUAAUUGUGGUGGAUGUCAGCGGCAGCAUGAAGGGACUAAGAAUGACAAUAGCCAAACACACAAUCAAUACAAUCUUGGACACACUGGGAGAAAAUGACUUUGUAAAUAUUAUAGCUUACAGUGACUAUGUCCAGUAUGUGGAGCCCUGCUUCAAGGGCAUCCUAGUACAAGCUGAUCUGGAUAACAGAGAGCACUUUAAGCUUUUGGUGGAAAACCUUCAUGUCAAAGGUGAAGGCAAAGUGAAAAAUGCAAUGAAGGAAUCUUUUAAGGUCCUUAAUGAGGCUGCUGCACUGGGGCAGGGCAGCCUGUGUAAUCAGGCCAUCAUGCUGAUAACAGACGGUGCCAUGGAGGACUUCCAGGAUGUUUUUGAGGAGUUUAACUGGCCAGAAAGACGAGUUCGAGUGUUCACCUAUCUAAUUGGACGUGAGAUGACCUUUGCUGAAAAUGUCAAAUGGAUUGCUUGCAAUAAUAAGGGGUACUACACACAUGUAUCCACACUGGCUGAUGUCCAGGAAAACGUCAUGGAAUACCUUCAUGUUCUCAGUCGACCAAUGGUUAUCAACCAUGACCAUGACAUAAUCUGGACUGAAGCAUAUAUGGACAGUGUGCUGUUCAACACUCAGGCACAAAGCCUGCUAAUGAUGACUUCAGUAGCCAUGCCUGUGUUCAGCAAGAAGGAAGAAACUCUAUCCCAUGGGAUUUUGCUGGGAGUGGUAGGAACUGAUGUGGCCUUGAGAGAACUGAUGAGAUUAGCUCCAAGAUACAAGCUGGGUAUCCAAGGUUACGCCUUCCUCAUCACCAACAAUGGUUAUAUCCUCUCUCACCCUGAACUACGACCUCUGUAUAAAGAGGGGAAGAAACUGAAGCCUAAACCUAACUACAACAGUGUUGAUCUGUCAGAGGUUGAAUGGGAAGACACUGAAGAAAAACUGAGGACGGCGAUGGUCAGAGGGGAAACUGGAACGCUGUCUUUAGAUGUGAGAGCUUCAGUGGAUAAAGGAAGGAGAGUGAUGUUCUUGAAGAACGAUUACUUCUAUACUGUCAUCAAUGAGACGCCAUUCAGCCUGGGGAUAGUGUUGAGUCGGGGAUAUGGAGAGUACAUCUUCACAGGAAAUGUCUCUGUAGAGGAGGGUCUUCAUGACUUAUUGACUCCAGAUUUGUUCAUAGCCAAUGAGUGGACCUACUGUGAGACAGAUAUUGACCCAGGACAUCGCAAACUGACUCAACUGCAGGCUGUGAUAAAAUACCUGACUGGAAAAGAACCAGAUCUGGACUGUGAUGCUCAGCUGUUGCAGCAAACUUUAUUUGAUGCUGUGGUUACAGCACCGAUGGAAGCUUACUGGACCGCACUGAUGCUCAAUACAUCUGGCAUGGAUGAUGGGAUUGAAACAGCUUUCUUGGGAACCCGUUCAGGCUUGUUAAGAUUCCAAAGGUACUCUGGUAUUGAGAAAAGAGUUGGCAAGUCUUUCCUGACCUCCACAGACAAGGAGAACAUAUUCACACUGGACCAUUUCCCAGUGUGGUACCGGAGAGCAGCUGAGAACCCAGCUGGACAGUUUCUUUACUACAUGCCCAGACAGGACACUAGAGAUAUGUUCAGGGACAAUGAGGGUGACUAUAGUGCCACCUUGAGUGCAGAAGAGGUGGAACACCAAGCUGAGGAAGGAGCAGGGAGGAUAAUGAUUUCCACCACUGCUGUCACUGUGACUGUGGGCAAGAAAACCGCCAUUGCUGGAGCCAUUGGGGUCCAGAUGACUCAGGAAAUAAUUGCAUCCAAAUUUUGGGCCAUUGCAGCACAGCCAAACGACACAGACUGUACCAAUGUGGAAGGAGUUUGUCCUCUUCGCUGUGACAGAUUUGAUCUUGAAUGUUACGUGAUUGACAAUAAUGGCUUUGUUCUCGUUUCGAAACAACUUAAUGAUGUCGGACGGUUCUUCGGUGAGACUGACGGAUCAGUGAUGACCACGCUGAUCAGAAUGGGCAUGUUCAAAAGGGUAUCCCUGUUUGACUAUCAGGCCAUGUGUAAGAUGGGCUCACACUCUGUCAGCAGGGCCCGGCCGCUUUUUAGUCCGUUCUAUGCUUUGGCUUCAACCUUCAAGUGGUUUCUCUCCAACUUCCUACUGUUUCUACUGGAGUUUAACUUCUGUGGCCUCUGGCACACAGAGCAUUUGGCUGAUGCCAAGCCAUCCUACAGUCGCUCCUACUCUCAUAAGAAGAAAGUGGAAGUGCUGCAACCGUGUGACACUGAGUACCCCAGCUUCGUUUACGAGCCGUCAGUCAAAGAGACCAACAGCAUCAUUAAGUGUGGACGAUGCCAGAAGAUGUUUGUAGUGCAACAGAUACCAGAGAGCAACCUGUUGAUGCUGGUGGUGCAGGGAGACUGUGACUGCUCCAGACAGCACCCACCAAUCACCCUGGGAGCCAAAGAAGUCAAAUAUAAUGCAUCAGUGAAGUGUGACAGGAUGAGGUCCCAGAAGAUUCGCAGGCGCCCUGAAUCUUGCCAUGCCUAUCACCCACAGGAGAACGCCAAUGACUGUGGAGGAGCAUAUUUUAUAUCCGUCUCAGGCUCUCUCCUCUUCAUCAGUCUAUCCAUUGUUGCUCUUGUUUCCUGAUGAUGGACAGUUUUACUGUUUCCCCCUUUCUCGUGUAAAGGGGCAGUCAAAAAUACUCAAGUUUGCAUAUCUUUCACCUCUGGUGGAUUUUUUUUUUUUUUUAACAACAGAUUCUGCAAAAUUUGCUCACAAUGGCUGCAAACCAAGUCUCUCUUCAACGACUUUUGAUGUGGCAUUUCUUGGUGAGCUCCUGGGACUCAAUGCGUCUGAAAUGAAAACUGCAAGGAAAAAAGAAGAAGAAAAAGCAAUUUAAUGGGACCUUGUUGCCAUGGAGACUUUUCACUUUGUGAUUUUCUCAUGCUCUGCUUUGCAUCUCAGAAUGAAAAUGGACAAAAGAGAUAAAGGUGUUAGCGUCAUUAAUAAAAGGGAAUUAUAAAUCACAAGAGGCCAUGUAACAAACUUCAAGGGAGAAACAUGUUUCCUGUUCAUAUCCCAUGGUGCUGAAUAUUGCAGACACACAUGCAUAUUAUAUAUGCGAUUGCAAGCAUGCACACUUCUGGUAAACAAACACAUGCAAUGCUUUAUAAUCCACUACACUUCAUUUGCUUCAUUUGCUUCUUCUUUUUUAAGUGUUGACUAUUUACCACUGGGAGGAGAGCAGUACAAGAGGGAAACACUUGAGUUCCUGCUUCAUUUACAUGGUCAUUUGCACAAUUAAUGGAUAACAUCGCAAUGCCAGUGGAUAAGAUAAUGGCUCAGUGCCUAGCAAUCACAUUUAAGCUAAAUUAAUGAAGAUAACUUCAGUAUAACAUGAGUAUUAAGAUGCAAUAUAGUUAAAUAGAAUGGCUCAUCAGCUCUGUCUGGAUCUUCCUGUUUAGUUUUAUUAAGAUUAGAUUGCAAAAAUAUUUCUUCCUGUGAUUUUUUUUUAAUGUUUGUAUGCCUUUUUGUCUUGAUCAUUUGUGUCUUUCUGUGUGUGUACAUACUGUACUUGUCUGUCUUUUGGCCUGGACACAGGAAGAAUAAGAAAUGUGUUGUCAGUUUUUACAGGGUGCAAUUCAAAUAUUUGGAUUCACAUUUAAAAUAAUAAAAUUGUAUUUAAAAAAAGAUGCAUAAACAUGGAUUUGAUUUGAAUUUGCUUGUAAAGAUUGUUUGGAAGUGCUUUAUCUGAGAAAUAAAGAGGAAACCUGGAGAUAUCUUGUGAUAAUACAAAUGUAAACUAAUACAGUAAAUCAAACUGCAUAGGGUAUUUUUGUAUAUUUGCCUGUUUUAUAUUUUAAACUACAUUUUUCAACAUUUCAUUGCUUUUUGGCCUGUGAGUAUCCAUGUAUGUUUUUAUAUUAUAUUUUUAAUUAAUUUAAAAUGCAUAAACUUAAGUUGACUGAUUUUGCCUGCUCAAGUGACUGGCUCAGAGAUGUGUCAUGUGUUAUGAAACUCAUUUAGUCCAUCUUUCCCAUUUGUGUUUGCACUUUCCACUAUAAAGUAUUCUUUUAAUUGUAUUGAUAGCAUUUACAAAUUAACUGAGGUAAUGAUUUGUACAGUAUGAUGGAAAUUAAAUCCACAUUUUUGUACUUCA